CCAGGCAUAUAUAUUUUGCGGCCUUUGGUGCAAAGCGGAUUACGGCAGUACGGAUCAUUGGGCUGAUCGUUGGACAGUAUUUAGAAUAAUUUAUUCAAUUCGUUACAUAGAAUUCUGAAAUAUAUUAUGCGGAUACAAUUAUACUUUUAAAUAAGAAAAAGGAUGUACUGUACAUUAGGCAGGAUUACUUGGAGUUUGCAAUAUGUUGCUUUAUACCUAAGGCCUGUACGGCAUCGCAGUGGGGCUUAUGUUGGACCUCACGUAAUAGAAAAUAGAGGCGGACAGUACAUUACCCGCCACCGCAGGAAACAUACAACAUCAUUAUCUCAAAGUCAGAUCCCACAGCAUCACAAUCCAAAGGUACCACGGACACCCACUUGGGAAUGUGUAAGGGAGGAUCAGCUUCCCCCGCCUACCAAGGUCCCUCCGGACUUGGUCGACAAACUGGAGCGACUGGCAUUACUGGACUUCCGUAACCAAGACGGCGUGGAUUGCUUAGAAAAAGCCAUUCGCUUUGCCGACCAGCUUCAUGUCGUGGACACGGAGGGGGUCGAGCCCAUGGACUCGGUGCUUGAGGACCGCGCGCUGUACCUGAGAGAUGACCGCAUUGAGGAAGGUGACUGCGCAGAGCAGCUUCUUGGACUUGCCAGAAACACCCUGGAGGGUUACUAUGUGGCACCCCCAGGAAACAUCCCUCUCCCAGAGCGCGAGGAACGCGAAGUACUGCUGAAAUACUCAGAGAUAUGACUGUGGAAACCAACCAACCGAGCACCCAGAAUUAACUGUACGAAAGUCACCCUACUUUUAGAUGUUCUCAGGACCACGACUGCAGAAUUCACUGUUGUUUACUUACCAAAGGCCCGUGAGCACAAACAAGCACCUGUGGUAGUUGCAGGAAUUCUUCUGAAUAGGUUUAUUUGCAGAUGUAAUAAAGACCACCAAAAUGGAAUCUUUAAAAUGCUUUUUUUCCCCCAAAUUACCUGUUCUCAAAUCUGCAAAUACUGUUUCACCCCAUUUGACAACUUUAAGAAUGCCACAAGUCUCAGACUGUUUUUAUGUUGAUGAAGAUGAUAUAUGCUUUGCUUGUAUUUCCAACAUUUCUAAACAUUAAAAUGGAAAACCUCUGA